AUGGCUACUCCUCUGGUAUCUACACCAGUGAAGACCCAUCAUGGGCUCUUCUCGACCAAGAUGGCUGGCGGCCGCAUGCCCCUCACACCAAGUCCCGGCGGACGGAGGGACAGUAUCGCCUCCAACAACUCCUCACCUUUCACUCCUCCGCGUCUUGAAUCUGAAUCAACAAAAGAGCAAGCUCGAUCUGUCUACGGCGGAAACCUUUCCUCAUACUUUGCGAAAUCCGUUUCCCGCUCGUCUCGGGCCUACCGUGAAUCCCCCAAGUCCAACAUUGCCCGUGUCCGCAAGUCUCCCAAGCAUCUUGAGCUGGGUGUCUCGGAAUGGUCCCUGACCGGUACGGGCCCUUCGUCCAACCAGACACCUCCAAAGGAACGUCUACGCAAGGAGGUUCCUAGCCGCGCCCGGGCGGGUAAAACGACCGUCCGUAUUUCCCAUAACGCUGGAGAUAGGUUUAUCCCAAAUCGCAGCGCAAGUGAGGGUUUAGUGACCGCCGGCGCGGCUAAGCCUGAGGAGACCCAGAGGCCCAAGACCAGCAGCGGUGAUAAAGGGUCUAGCGUACUCGCGAGUGCUGCGAGUGCGUUUGAUAUCGGUGGUCGCGGAACGGACGAAGAUCUUACUGCAGCUUUGGAGAAUCUCGGAUUAGAUGAUGACGACAACUCUUCCUCUUAUUCAAAGCCAGCCCCAGACGCCGUUGCCUACGAGUCAUCAUUGGCCAAUGCCUGUGGAGUCAACUUAAACACUCGUAUCCUCGCCUUCAAGCCGCCGCCUCCUGAGUCAUCGAAGCCGAUUGAUCUGCGUGCUCAGUACAACCGUCCCCUCAAGUCCACCAAGUCUAACUCGGCUCAGUUCCGCCGAAGAGUCCAGACCGCUCCAGAACGUGUUUUGGACGCUCCUGGCCUUCUUGACGACUACUACCUCAAUCUCUUGGAUUGGAGCUCUGGAAACCAAGUUGCUAUCGGCCUAGAGCGAAAUGUCUACGUCUGGUCUGCUGAUUCUGGGUCCGUUAGCUGCUUGUUAGAGACUUCUCCCGAUACAUACAUCAGUAGUGUCAAGUGGAGUGGGGACGGCGCCUACGUUGGCGUUGGCCUCGGUACAGGUGAAGUCCAAAUCUGGGAUGUCGAAGAGGGCACCAAGCUUCGCAGUAUGUUCGGACAUGAAUCAAGGGUUGGCGUAAUGGGCUGGUCCAAACACACCUUAUCAACUGGUGCUCGCAGCGGUCUUGUUUUCAACCACGAUGUUCGCAUUGCUCAGCACAAGGUCGCCGAGCUGGUCUCGCACACAUCCGAAGUCUGCGGUCUGGAGUGGAGGUCGGAUGGUGCUCAGCUUGCCACAGGCGGCAACGACAACUUGGUCAACAUCUGGGAUGCUCGAUCAUUGAGUGCCCCCAAGUUCACUAAGACAAACCACCGCGCGGCGGUCAAGGCUCUUAGCUGGUGUCCCUGGCAACUCAACCUCCUCGCCACGGGUGGUGGUUCCUACGACCGCCACAUCCACUUUUGGAACACCACCACUGGUGCUCGCACCAACAGCAUCGACACUGGCUCUCAGGUUACCAGUCUCCGGUGGAGCAACCACUAUCGCGAGAUUGUCAGCUCAAGCGGCUUCCCCGAUAACUCCCUCAGCAUCUGGAGCUACCCGACUCUAGUCCGCAACAUUGAGAUCCCCGCUCACGAAACCCGUGUUCUCCACAGCUGCCUUAGCCCCGAUGGCCAGCUUCUAGCUACUGCAGCGGCCGAUGAGAGCUUGAAAUUCUGGAAGGUGUUCGAGCGCAAACCCGGGACCAGCGCCUCCGCCUCUCGCGAGGGCGGCGUUGGAAGUAAAGCGCAGAUGACCAAGUCGAUGACUAUUCGGUAA